AUGACUGAUCCCCAGGUCCACGGACCCCCACCCUCCGCACACUCAGCUGGCGCACUAAGUACCCCCCUCCCUUUGCGGCCUCUGUUCCCGCAGCCUCGGGGAGGCGCCCGCCCGCCUGGGACCUGGGAUUUGAGUGCUGGCGGGCCCUCUGCCAGACCCCCUCCCCGGGCCCCGGGCGAAGGGCGGGAGGGGAAGAUCGGGAUCGGCGCCCGGCAGUACCCGCCCACCGGCCUUUCUCUGCCGAGGCGGGAGGCGGAGGGAGGAGCGGGCGCCCCGGGGCUGAAGCCGAGCGCAGAGCCGAGUGAGUCGCGCUCCCGGCGGCCGGAGAAGGGAGAGCCAGGGCGCGGAGGCUGCAGCCCGACGGUCAGCCCGGCCACCCCGCCGCCCGCAAACUUGGCCCAGCAGCGGCCGGGCGCUCUUCCACUGGGACUUACAAAAUCCGAGAGGCAAGCCGUCUGGAGAGGACAGUCCCGGGGCGCGCACGGGCUGCCCGCCGCCGGCCCGCAGAGGCUAGCCGCUGACCACUGGGAGAGGCGGCCCCGCUGCCGCCCACGGCCCGCGCCUCCCGCAGGCGCCCCUCCGCCCUUUGGACGGUGGACUGCCUUCGGAACGUGGAAAACCCAGCGAAUCGCGGAGAGCGAGCCCCAGCGGGGAGAAGGACGUGGGGACCCGGCUUCCCGCACUGACAGCCCGGCCCAACCCCGCCGCGGCUCCAGUCCGGCCCCCGCCCGGCUCGGCCGGAGCAAGUUCACGUUUCGGGCUUGCUGGCAGGACCUUCAAAUCCAGGACCUGGGUCCGCCGGCGGUGCUGGGGCUUGAGACUGUGUCUGAUUCUCCCCGGAUCGUGGGGCGGAUUUCGGCUCCCCUGAGGUGCCCUGGCGGGGGACCCCGGGUUUUGGGGAACAGCUGUUAG